ACACAAGUGUCCACAUUGAUGGAGAACAUCGAGCAGAUGGUGGAGCAAAACAGUGAAAGGUUUUUCUCCAUGGAGACAUUUUUGGAUACACAGAUGAAAAAACUGCUGAAAUUUGAAGAGAUGAUGAAGAAAAUCAGUUCAUUAGAAAAGCAUUUUCUGUCAAAAAGUUCAGCAGAGAGCAAAGAUGAUGUGAGGAGGGUGCUGCUGGGAAAAGGUGUUUGUGCAACCAGAAACAGCAUCAGAAACGAAGAGGAGAUAAGAGAAGUGGAAUUCAGAAGAGAAAUACCAAAACAAGAAGCAUAUCAGAGAAAGAUACGUGAUGAGAUGAGACGAGAACAGGAGACAUUAAAACAUGACAUGGAGGAAAUGAGGCAAGAAAAAGAAAACCUUCAGAUCAAAUAUGACACAGAAAUAGACAGACUGAUUAAUAUGAUAGAGAAUGUGAAGAAACGAGAAGAACAAUAUAAAAUAGCAAUAAAUGAAAAAGAAAAGAAAGAGAGAGAGAUCCAUGAUGAGAUGAAAAGAGAACGAGAUGAGUGGGAGAGACAAAAACUAGAAGAAAGACAAAGAAAAGAAGAAGAUGAGAAAAGGAGAGAGAGAGAAAAACAGACGUCUGACGAACGGUUUCAGAGACUCAAGAGUGAAAUGGAGGGAAUAAUCAGAGAGAAUGAGAGAAUAGAAAGGGAGAGACAAGAACAACUAGAGGAAUUCGAGAAGAGAUUGAAAAAAGAAAGUGAAAUGAGAGAAAAUCAACAACAUGCUUUUAAAGAAACACUGAAACUCCUUGAAGAGAAGCAAACAAGACGAGUAGAGUGGAGAGAAGAUGAAAGAGAGAAAGAGGAGAUGAAAAAUAAGAUCUGCUCUGAAACUAAUGAUUCAUUGCAGGUCAUAGCCUACAGGAAACUGGAGAGCGAAUACAGCAAGUGGUCCUGGAGUCUCCACAGUGCCAUCAUGAAAACUGAGAACAAACUACACAACCAUAUAGAAAAUCAAGCAAUUUGUAAGGUUGAUGAAACUGAUCUUCAAAAAGAACUAAAGGAGACAAGUAAAAAAGUGGAAAAAUCCAUGUCUGAAUUCUUUGAGAAAGACAAAAAUAAAGAUAUGCUGUUUCAAUGGAAAACCUCUUGUGAAAUCAAAAUCAAAGAGCUUCAGGAAAACAUUGUGAGAGAAACAAAGAGGAAAUUAACUGAGGUUCUCCAGCAGCAAGAACUGAAGAAAAAGAUUGAUGUUAAGAGGACACACCAUGAAAACACUCUCUAUGAAAAGAGCAAAGAACUUGCCUUAAACCUCAAAGACAAAAUAAGUGAUAAAGACACACUGAAUAAAGAGUUUGAUUUGUUUUGGGAACAAUGGAUGAGGAAGAUCAUCACAGACACUGGUCCAAUUGAAGACACUGACAUAAUGAGAGAUGUGAGAGAGAUCCUCAGUGACGUCCAUGAUGGUGUUCCUAUAGACCACAAGAAGUGGAGGGAUAUUUUUUGUGUGUCUAAUUAUUCAGAUUAUGUAUGGUUAAAGAGAUUCAGUGGACUUACAAGAAUUUUAACGAAUGUCUACAAAUCAGCUAAAGAGAACUUUGGCGACUUUCUGUCUAAAGAGGAUAAAGACCAAAUAACAUCUUUUAUCUCAGACGUUGCUAUGCAGACAGACACAAUGGUUCAGUUGUUUGACAUUUCAAAGGUGGGCUACAACAUCAGCUGCAUUCAACAACUCAUAGGUUACAUCAAGAGGAGAGUAACAGAACAUCAGGAAGGACCAGUGAAUUAUGAGUUCAAGAAUGAAUUCUUCAUUGAUUUGGUUUAUACCAUCUGUAAUAAGGCAAAUAAGAUUAUCACUGAUGAACACAGAAUGUUCAUGGAAGACAAUGAUCCUCUUCUCUAUUUGGAGGAGAAGAGAAAGGAAUACUAUUGUAUUUUCCAGAAACACCUUAAUGGAGCCACAUCAGCUGCCAUUUUUGGUGAGAUCAUCUGUCAGAAACUUAAAGAGCCUAUUAAGCAGAGUCUCUACAAAAAGACGGCAAGAGAUUUGACAGAUGAAAUAAUGAUUAACUGUGAAACACUGAAGGGAAACAGAUCAAAACUGGAAAAACACAUCCUGAAGUUGUUAGCAGAAAAUGAGAAUUUUUCUGCAUACAUGGACUACAUUAAUUAUCCCAGAGAUCACUUCAAGAGUUUCAUCAGAGAUGAAGUCAGUCGGUACAUCACCCGUAAGUUCAGUGCGAGUGUUUGGCCCAAGAUGAAGCAGAACAUCAUACUCCUGCAGCAGAGGAUAAUGAAAGCAUCACAUGAAUUUAAUGAAUGUUUUAAAGAGAACAGUGGAGAUGUUAGUUUGUGGUUAAAGAGUUUCACACUGCAGCUUUCAGAUGUGCUGAUCUUCUCAGAAGAAGACCUUGAUGGAGUGAAACAUGAUGAUGUUGACUGUAAACUCAUAAAAGGAGUGAUAAAGAAAGUACUUCCUCAUAUUAUGUCAGACAUCAGCAGAGAAUUCAACAUAAAAACAUUUAAUGAAAAACUGAAAUUCAAGUCCAAGCCAGAUGAGAUAUUGAUUGAUCACUUGUGUCGGUGCUGUUGGGCUCAGUGUCCGUUCUGUAAAGCUACCUGCACCAACACCAUAGAAAACCAUGAGCGGGAUCACAGUGUUGCUUUCCACAGAGUGAGGGGAAUUAAUGGCACAUGCUACCGUUUUACACAGAGUCUUUGUGCUGAUAUUUGCACAAAUUUAGUGGCAAAUGAUCAGGAUAUUUGUCUAUCAAGUAGAAAGAUUUCUUGGAAAGAAAUCAAAAUAACAGGGCCUAAAUAUGACAUGUGGAGCAUCAUCCCUGGCCACUCAGUGCUGCCCUACUGGAAGUGGUUUGUGUGCAGAUUCCAGAAAGAUCUGGAAACAUACUACAAUAAAACAUUUGAGUGUGAGGGUGAGAUUCCAUAUGAAUGGAGAACAUACACAAAACAGGAUGCUAUUGAGAGUUUAGACAAAUAUAUUAUAUAAAUGCAGCAGAUACAGAAUGAAUAUUUUACCUCAUUACUGGAGUCUGCUCUGAUCACAAAACCUCACUGAGACUCAGAAUUCAUCAACAUCUCAGCAGAACAUCGAAGCACAAAAUAAGUUUGAGUCAAGUAUUCUCUUUCACAUAAAAGUAUUUGUAAACAUAUUUUUCAAGAAUAUGCCCGAUUGUGGCAAAGAGAC